GACCCUUGUUUAGAUGUAGAUCAGCUGGGACAAUAACAACAAGAACAACCGAAAACGGGGUCCGGAAGACACUUUCACACCCGGACCGCACCCGAUGCGAUCCGCCGAAGGACCUACGGCUCCUUUUUGGAAAGAAGGUGCCGGUGUUUCACCGAUUUAUUUCCUCACAUUUCCCAGUUUUGUCGGACUGCUUCCUGCGUGCCCCAACAAAACGAGGGGGCAGAAGAAAUGCGGCUAAUAACUUAGCUAGCUAGCGUGCUAAUUUGCCCUAUAUUCUCACAUUGAAGGAAACAACUGUAUACUCAUUUAAUCUAACUAUCGCUUUAUUAUUUAUACUCUUAUAUGUGUGUUUUUUUAAAUGCGGCGAUGCCCUUUACUCUUAGUACGUAUUUUAUUUCGAUAGCUCACUUAUUGGAAAGCUCUUAUAAAGUUUUAAUAGCCAAUUAACUAAGCUCUCUCUUAUGUGUACGUAGACCUUAAACAUUUAUUUACCCUCACAUGGGUAGUUUUGUGGUUUGUUUGUUCACUUGUUAUUCUUUGUUGUUAGACAGAAGAAGCUAGCUCGUUAGCAGGGGUCGGUAGCUGUGUUGGGGACAGUGUGGCCAGGCCUCACGUCUGUUCUGAACUGACAGGAGAGAUGAAAACAAAAGAUUAGCCUGCUAGCUCGCUAAUAACUCAACAUUGUACACCUCCCACGGAUGAUUUGCGACCCUUUUGGUUUUUUAUAAUCGGUCAGCGGCUGAGCCUCAAGUCGCUGAGUUGGCAUGUGUUUAGCAAUAUAGUUUUAUUUGCCAAAUUUCCUGUUUGGCAGAACAUCCUGUGCUGUCGUGUCAUUAUCAGCCCACAGCUUACAUUAGGAAUAUUACAGGCUGACUGGUUACUGAUCAUGUUAGUAAUCAUGUCUUUGUCGUAGCUUGCUUGUUAAAACGCAGAGUGACAUUAGAGAAAAGGGAACUUCAUGGAGAAAUGCUCAAGCUGCCUCAAAUUAAAGCUGCCUUAAAGUCUUUGAGUAAAGCAAGUACAAUCAGGCGUUGGUAGUUCAGAUCAAACUUAAAGGGUUCAUAGUGACACACUGCCAUGUCAGAGACUCUGAUAACAGGGCAGACAUCCGAGGAUCUGUUGGCUGACUUUGAGACUCUGCUGAACUCUGGGAGCAUCGACCUGAGCGAAGACCACCAGAUAGUGAUCAUCACCAGCCCCAGCAAUGAGGGACUCCACCCGGCCGCCGCCCCCACCAGCACGGGGGAAAUCCUGCUGUUUGCCACCCCGCAGGGCCCCGCUGACGUGGGGAUCCAGGACAAGAGACGUCCAGCUCUGGGGAGACCUCCGGUAAAAAGGAAGCUGGACUUGGAUAGUGACCAUCAGUAUGUCAGCACAACUCGACCGUCCAUAGGCCAAGCGCCGCCCUCCACACCCGCCCCGCCCAGAGUUCCUCGAAUCACGACUGAGAAGUCCCGUUAUGACACGUCCUUGAACCUGACCACCAAGCGCUUCCUGAACCUGCUGUCCCAGUCUGCUGACGGCGUGGUGGAUCUGAACUGGGCCUCGCAGGUCCUUGACGUCCAGAAGAGGCGCAUCUACGACAUCACCAAUGUCCUGGAGGGAAUCCAGCUCAUUUCUAAGAAGUCUAAGAACAACAUCCAAUGGCUUGGUAAUCGAGUUGAUGCAGCGCAGGUUGCCCGCCAUAAGGAGUUGCAGAGGGAGGUGUGCGACCUCACGGAUGCCGAGGAGCAGCUGGACGAGCUCAUUACUAAAUGCAACCUGCAGCUGCGGCUGCUCACAGAGGAGCCACAGAACAAGAAGUUGGGCUAUGUGCGCUGCCAGGACUUAAGGCAAUCCUUUGAUUCCCCUGAUCAGCUGGUCAUGGUGAUCAGAGCUCCACCAGAGACCCAGAUGCAAGUUUCAGAACCCUGCAAGGGUUACCAGGUGUCGCUGAAGAGCACGCGGGGUGCUAUCGACGUCUUCCUCUGUCCAGAAGACAGCUCCGGCGUCUGCAGCCCAGUGACAGACGGCAGUCCCUCUAAACCCAAUGCUGACUCUCCUCUUGUCCCGCCUCCUGCACAACCCACAGACCAAUCACAAGCCAGAGCAUCCACAAACGCCCUGGAUGUGGGUUUAUCAUCACCAGCGUCCACGUCGUCCACGGUGACGGCAGCCUCCCAGCAGGACCCGUCGUCUCUGGUGUUAGGAGGGGACACAGAAUCCCUCCUUGGAGGCGACCCGUUCUCCGGCCUCGCAGACAUGCCCGAUUUUGACUUUUCACCCCUCUCCUCCUCGGACUUCCUGAACGGCGAGGGCUUUCCCCUCCCGCUGGAUGGCUUCAUCAACCUAUCCCCCCCUCACAGUCAUGAUUACCACUUUGGACUAGAGGACAAUGAAGGCAUCAGUGAACUGUUUGACUGUGACUUUGGAGACCUUUCACAAGUUCUGGGCGACAGUUAAAGAAGAAGAAGAAGAGGAGGAGGAGGCUGCAGGCUUCAGGUUUUAGGACUUUCUUCUUUCUGUUGGGGCUUCUCAAGGAGUGCAGGAAUUUCAGGACAAAUCUUUGUCAAAAUCUCAGCCUUCAUAUUCUAAGCGUGGGUUGUGGGAGAACGUGUAGUUAUUACCGUGGUGAACCCGACAACAACCACCCAAAUCUCAAACUGGCCCCAAAUUGUACAGCACACUAUUAGCACUUCUUUUGGCCAUUGCAACAUUUUAGACCAAGAAUUGAGCUCUAGUAUAGCUAUUUAAAUUAUUUAUACGAAUGCUAUUUUGAUAUUUUGUACCAAGUGAGCUUUUUUUGUUAUAAUUGAUGAUGUUAUAUCCGAGUGGAGAGCGCAGGUAGGUGUGUGUGUGUAUAUAUGUGUGUGUGUGGAGUAUGGAUUCAUAGGGCUGGUUUUUCCUUAACACUGAUUGGCUCAAAUCUAAGUACUUAUACUCCUCGUCUCUGCGGGCCAUGUUGUGUUCUGUAAGGUUGCAUUUUUCGGCAAAGGCGGAGAGUUUGCACCCAACAGAAGCUGCCUCUAUGGAACCAGCAUCACAGGAAGUGCAGGUUCAGUGAUGGGCCGUCCAGAAGUCUCUUGGUGCAGUUUCAAAUAUAUAUUUUUCACAACUACAGAGAUGAUCAUAAGCACAAAGGUAAAAGCUUCAUGAUAAUCAGAUUUGUCAAACACACUGGAAUCCUUAAAGACUGGAGUGAAAUUCGAGGUUUUAUUGCCCAAUCGAACGACUCGAUUUGCACGUGUUCCACGGCGGAUUAUUAAAUGUUUAUAAUGACAGAGAGACUGUGUAUAAGAAGUGGACAUAGCCACCUUAAUCAUUACUCAUUUAUGUGGAACUACCUUUUAAAAAAAGACGGAAGUUUACAUCUUUGGUGUCACCGUUUUCUUUCUUUUUUUUGAGCUGGUAAAGAUGGAGGCGUUAGCAAACAUUUAGCCACUGCUAGCUUAGUUAGCAAGGUGCAGCCACAACUAACUGAAAGCUCAUCUUAGCUCAAAACAGGAUUCAAACAAAAUGUAAAGACAGAAACGUUGCUGCCUUGUCCUCAAAGUGUAACAACAAAGUCACAUUCUGGUUGCUGUGGUUUCAACUUGUCAUUCACAAGUUCUCAUGCACCAAAGCAUACAGCGCUUUACGGCUGGAUUACUGUUAAUUUACAACCACAAAAUCCAUCUUUCUGAUUAAUGUGGCUUGACAUGGAAACUUGUUUUGCACAAAUGUAAACAAACUCUACAAGCUCAGAUAUUGUUGACCCGCUAAACGUUCGCUGACUUGUGACAGUUUACAGCCGUUUACGAUUGCAAUACAUAAGUUCAUCAAAUACAAUUUGUAAGUUCAACUAACUUGUAUUUUUCAAAAAAUUUGAAAUUAGAUCUUAAUAAUUCUAAUUUGUAUAUAAUGCUUGACUGAAAUGAUUUUAAAAUGUACUUAAAAAAAAACUAAGUACCUCCCAGUAGUUUUCCAAAGUACCCAGAGGAGGUACUUUGACCUCAAAUUGAAAAAUGCUCUUAUAUAUCACUGUAAAUUUAACUUUUAUGUACAAAUUUGAACACCACGCUGUGUUUAAAACAAUUUGAAAAUUGCCAUAAACUUAUCAGGAAGAAGUUUACUGAAGCUAGUGGAAGUGAGCUCCAUUUUUCAUAGAUUUCUUGGAUCCGCCCCCUGCUGGUUAUAGGAAAGAAUGCAGCUGUAAAGACCUUCCACAUUCAAACAUACUGUAUAUGUCCACUUCUUAUUAACAGUCUAUUCAAAUAGAUAAAGGUGCAUUUCAUAAUGUCCCUCCAAACCCUGCUGAGCAACAGAUGAGCUGUCUCUACCCGGCUGCUCAUGUUAAAAAUCAACACGGGCAAGAAGCUGAGAUGCUUUUAGGGAGCUUUGCCUUCAUAGUUCUUCAAAUAAAAGUUAAGAUGGGUUAGAGUGACCUUUACAAUGGUCUUUAGUUGUUGUUAUGUCUUGUGCCGCUGGAUGUUUCCAAAGCCAUCUUAGGGACGGCAAAGUGUCCACAGGGAGACGAAUAAUGUAGAUUUGAAGGCUCAAGAUAUGUUCGUUAUUGUGUUGGAAACAAGUUGAUAAUAAUCCGCUGCAGUUCUGCUAGCAGGUUAAAAAAAUUAAUGCUGUCUAUUAGUGACCUAGGCCUUAGAUUCAGGUGUUCAGAGAAAAGUCUUACAUGCAUGUUUGUUGAUGCAGCGUGCGAGAGUUCCAGUGUUAGAGAUGCAGUGCGUGGGUUGUGUGUAGGUUGAUUUUAGGUUUAGACGUGUUUUUAACUGUCCUGCAACUUUCCUCAGCCGAGGGUUCAGAGCUGAAAAGUUUCACCAGAUGCCUGUAAAUCGUUGUCCCCUGACUGACUGUUUUUGUCAUGCUGAGGAGCUCCCAGCAGGUCCUCACUCACAGAUACACUUCAGCAGAUCUUCAGAUUCAAAGCUCAGCUGCAUCCUUUCAUUCAUCAAAUCAGCGCAGAGCUCGUUCAUCUCUCGCCUCGUUCUGCUAUAUGCACUUCAUACGAGUUCAGAAAGUUAAUGUUCAUGCCUUAAAUCAAUGACCUCUACUGUGUGCAGAGGAGGUACCUGGAUUAUCUUAUCGUGGCCCCUAUAGAGGAUCAAUCCCUCCCUGUUUUUCUACAACAUGUCACAUCAGGCUCUUUCUUUACAUGCGUCUACGUGGCUAAUUGAUUUUCAUUUGAAGUAACAGACAUCAUGUACUCGGUGUGUGAGAGGAGAAAAGUGUCCUGCAAUGUGUUGUGCGUUUAAUGUUAUAUUUACAUACAUCUGCGUCAAAUCUUUUGAUUUCUUGUUCUAAAUUAAGUAAGCUAACUUUCUUUUUUCUCUUCUUUUUUUUUGCAUUCCUGAAGUUUUUGAUGUGUGUACGGGUGCAUGUGUGACAAAUACGAUGUUUUUUUUUUUUUUGUUGAAUUUUCUAUUUAUUCAAAAAGAGGGGGUUUAAUGGGGAAUGGUACAGUUUGUUGUUUGUUUUUCUCAUAGAUUUUUUUCUGACAGGAAGCGAUUAUCGCUCUUUCUUCCCGACUGAUUCAUGUGUCAUUCAAUGGAGGAGAUGUGUCUAUAAUUAGCUUCUCAUUACUAGCACCUUUACCUCUUAAUCCUCUACUUUAAUGACCUUUCCUCUGUUUUUCCUUCUGAGCAUGUGCAACCUUUGCAUUGGCUAAUGGUGCAAAAAAACCCCCCAAAAAAACGUCACAAAUACAGAUGUCUUAGUGAUGGCAGACAUCUCGAUGUUGCAGGCAACAUUGCUUAUCCGAGGCUGCACAUGUGUUCUCGUGGUCACCCCUGGGUGCCUCAGACUGUCCUGUAUGUGUAAAUUAUUCAAACUACUUUCAAGUGAUUGUUUCGGUUCCUCGAAUCCAGCCUGAAAUCUCGUCCGUAUCUGAAAAGUUUUCAACUGACAGCAACUCAAAAUGUUCAGCUUCUUUUGUUACCAUGGUAACCUUUAUAAUGUGUCUUAUAAUCCGUCUAUCCCAGCCUCUUUUUUUUUUCUUUUCAUUUGCAGAGUGUGAGCAGUUGAUGUGUGAAAUGUGUGUGUGUUGAUUUUUGGUUCUCUGCAGGACAAAUGCAGUGCCUUGUUCAAGUGAAAUGUUGGAUAAUUCAUUCAAAUCAGGAAGUCGUUUGAUGUCAGGUCACGGUGAACGAAUGCAAUGUUUUCAGGGUUUGUGUGUUUUUUUUGUUUGAAUAAAGAAGUAACUUUCACACCAGGGUUGAAAUCAAAUCACCUUCAGUCAAAAUGCACAAAAAAAAGAAUCUGUAAGGAGGUAUAAUAAUGAUCCUCUGAAACGACCAUCAGCUACAUUACACUUCUGAACGGUUUCCAAAUUGAUACAAAGGUGUCUCAUGAUGUAUUGAAGAAAAACAAAAUGUUUACAAGCGUGAUCUCGUGGCAGGACUUCCUGGUUUAACAGGUCGAAGGUGAAUUGACUCCAGCCCUGACUGAGUCUCUUUUCAAAGUGCUUUUAAGAAACACGUAACAAUCAUUCACUCUUACUCUGUUAUUUUACAAAAUGUUAUUUUUGUUGUUACAUACUGGCAAAAAAAAAAAGAAGCAGGUUUUGUACUUAUGAACUCUUAAUUGGCCCCACUCUGGCCUUUUGUAUCGGAUUUCUUCAACAAAAAUAAAAAGGGAUUGUUUUGAUUUGA